AUGUCUCCUGAAGCUUACGUUCUGUUCUUUAACUCUCUUAACCUGGUCACCUUCGAAGCCUUUGCUUGGCUAUCGCUUUUCGUAGCCACGGUUGCUAUCUUUCUCUCACCAGGCGGACUCGCAUGGGCCUGGACAAAGUCUUCCAAGACCCGUGUUUCAAUUCCUGGUCCGUCUGGUUCUCUCUCCAUCUUCUCCGGUUCGAACCCUCACCGUGUUCUCGCCUCGCUUGCCAAACGCUUCAAGGCCUCUCCUCUGAUGGCGUUCUCCGUUGGGUUUUCUCGUUUUGUCAUCUCCAGUGAACCGGAGACGGCUAAAGAGAUUCUGAACAGCUCUGCUUUUGCUGACCGCCCGGUUAAGGAGUCAGCUUACGAGCUUCUGUUUCACCGUGCCAUGGGUUUCGCGCCGUAUGGUGAGUAUUGGAGGAAUCUGAGGAGAAUCUCUUCAACGCAUCUUUUCAGCCCGAGAAGGAUAGCUAGUUUCGAAGGUGUUAGGGUUGGGAUCGGUAUGAUGAUUGUGAAGAAGAUCAAGAACGUAGCUGGCGGUGGUGAAGUUGAAGUGAAGAAGGUGAUUCACUUUGGUUCGUUGAAUAAUGUAAUGACGAUUGUUUUUGGUGAAAGCUACGACUUCGAUGAAGUUAAUGGGGAUGGAAGUUUUCUGGAGCGGCUUGUGAGCGAAGGUUAUGAGUUGCUUGGGAUAUUUAACUGGAGUGAUCACUUUGGUGUUCUUCGUUGGUUUGACUUCCAAGGAGUGAGGAAGAGGUGUAGAGCUUUGGUCUCUGAAGUCAACACUUUUGUCGGUGGAAUAAUCGAGAAGCACAAAAUGAAGAUGAACAACAACAACCUCAAUGGAGAGGAGAGUGACUUCGUUGAUGUCUUGCUUGGCUUGCAAAAGGAUGAAAAGUUGUCUGAUUCCGACAUGAUUGCUGUUCUUUGGGAGAUGAUAUUUAGAGGGACUGACACAGUUGCGAUUCUAGUGGAAUGGGUGAUUGCAAGAAUGGUAUUGCAUCAAGACAUCCAAGCAGAACUCUACAAAGAGAUAGCUUCUGUUACAAGUAACAACACUAGGUCCUUGUCUGAUUCCGACAUCCCAAAGCUUCCAUACCUUCAAGCUGUUGUCAAAGAAACCCUGAGGCUCCACCCACCAGGCCCCCUCCUCUCGUGGGCCAGACUCGCUAUCCACGAUGUCCACGUGGGUCCCAACCUUGUCCCUGCAGGAACCAUAGCUAUGGUCAACAUGUGGUCCAUCACACAUGACGCCAGAAUCUGGACCGACCCUGAAGACUUUAGGCCUGAGAGGUUUAUUGAUGGUGAGGAUGUAAGCAUCAUGGGGUCGGAUCUUAGGCUGGCUCCAUUCGGUUCGGGCCGUCGGGUUUGCCCGGGUAAAGCAAUGGGCCUAGCUACUGUUCAUCUCUGGGUUGGUCAAAUGAUUCAGAAUUUCGAAUGGGUUAAGGGUUCUUGUGAUGUUGACCUCACAGAGGUUCUCAAGCUGUCCAUGGAGAUGAAGAAGCCGUUGAAGUGCAAGGCUGUUCCAAGAAAUGUUUGUUUUGGUUAAUGGAUCCGGUUAUCUGGUGUAUCGGGUCGGCUACUUGUUUAAUUAACUACUAUGGGUAGUCUCUUUUAAUAUUAAUAAUAAUUAUGGUUGGGAACUGGGAAGGAAGUUAGGGUUUUGGCACGUUGGUCGAACUUCUUUAGGGUUUUGGUGUCAUGGUUUUUAACUUUGCUGUGUGUUUGCUUCAUGUAACGUAUUUUAUCCCGUCCCUUUGUCUU